UCCAGCGACCGGAUCGAAAGGAAUGAGAAAAUCCCCCUCUCGAAUUCUCCCCACUUCUUCUAAACCCUCUCCCUCUGCCUAGGAGCUUCGAGGGUUCUAGGGUUUCCCCUCCCCCGCCCUUGUCGGGCACAUUUUGGGGGGGCGAUUGGAGCUCGAAGUCGCGAUUGCGGGGCUCGUCUCGCCAUCGGCCAUUGGUAGAUGUGAUUGGGCUCCACUGGCGCUGGGAUUUGGAAUUUCUUGGGUGGUGGGGGAAGGAUGGAGGGGAGGAGGAUCUCCGUCAGCCCGCGGCCGUGCAGCGGGCGGAGGAUCUUGGCGCGGAAGAGGCCGCGGGCGGAUGGGUUCGUGAACAGCGUCAAGAAGCUCCAGCGCCGGGAGAUCAGCUCCAAGAGGGACCGUGCGUUCAGUAUGAGCAACGCCCAGGAGAGGUUCCGGAAUAUCCGGCUGCAGGAGGAGUUUGACACACAUGAUCCCAAGGAACUCUGGUCUCAGUUGCCUUUUUUGAGGAAAAGAUCAAAGAUUAUUGAGAUAGUUGCUGCCCGGGACAUUGUUUUUGCUUUAGCACAAUCUGGGCUUUGUGCUGCAUUUAGCAGAGAGACAAACCAAAGAAUUUGCUUUCUGAAUGGAAGUCCUGACGAAGUCAUUCGCAGCUUGUUUUAUAACAAGAAUAAUGAUUCACUAAUCACUGUUUCAGUCUAUGCCUCCGAGAACUUCAGCUCUUUGAAAUGCAGAACAACCAGAAUUGAGUAUAUCCGAAGGGGAAUGCCAGAUGCUGGAUUUCCUCUCUUUGAGUCAGAAUCAUUAAAAUGGCCUGGUUUUGUAGAGUUUGAUGAUGUAAAUGGGAAGGUUCUUACUUAUUCUGCCCAGGACAGCAUUUACAAGGUGUUUGACUUGAAAAACUACACUCUGUUGUAUUCCAUAUCAGAUAAGAAUGUCCAAGAAAUUAAAAUCAGCCCUGGCAUAAUGUUGUUGAUAUUUAACAGAAACAACAGUUAUGUCCCUCUCAAAAUUCUUUCUAUUGAGGAUGGGACCGUUCUAAAAUCCUUUAACCAUCUUCUUCACCGGAACAAGAAGGUGGACUUUAUCGAACAGUUCAAUGAAAAGCUUCUUGUUAAACAGGAAAAUGAGAACCUUCAAAUUCUUGAUGUCCGAAACUCUCAAUUAACUGAAGUAAGCAGAACAGAAUUUAUGACUCCAUCGGCAUUUAUCUUUCUGUAUGAGCUACAAUUGUUUUUGACAUUUCGGAAUCGUUCAGUCGCAGUUUGGAAUUUUCGAGGUGAACUAGUUACCUCAUUUGAGGACCACCUGUUGUGGCACCCUGAUUGUAAUACAAACAAUAUCUAUAUCACAAGCGACCAGGAUCUCAUAAUUUCUUACUGCAAAGCUGAUGCUGAUGAAUCAUCAUCAGAAGGCAAUGUUGGAUCCAUUAACAUUAGCAACAUCUUGACUGGGAAAUGCCUAGCAAAAAUCCGAGCAAGCAACUUAAGCAAAUGCCCUCGUUCUUAUAAGUUCCGAAACACGGUGGCAGAAGCUUUGGAUGACAUAACUGCUUUGUAUUAUGAUGAAGAUCGAAAUGAGAUCUAUACUGGCAAUAGACAGGGCCUUGUUCAUGUUUGGUCCAACUAAUGAGUUCUUACUGAAACGCCCAAACAGAUCACUGAUGUAGCACAGCUUAUUGCUGAUUGGAUUGCUGACCUCCCAUUGGUGACACUGCAGCAUUGUAUCAUGAAAUGCUUGUUGUAGCUUUAGCUUUUAUUUCAUCAUGUCAUUUGUUCUAGGACACUGAUCUAGAUGUGUUUCUAUUUGAUAUAGCAAUGAUCCCCUUUUUCUGCUAGAAUUUUAUGUAUUCCAGCCUGGAGAAUUGGUAAAUAUGAAUGUUGUGUUAGACAAUAUGUUAUUCAUAGUCAAAUGAAACGCUAGUAAAUUCUUUUGAUCGGAUUAUGAUGA